GGGACCAGACCACACUCCUCUCCUUGGGUGAUUUCUUAUAUGGCCGACCGUCGUGGGCUUUUGAUUUUACCCUCGUUGUAUCGCUUUUAGGGUAGCCUUGAGCUAUGCCAAGGCGGUAGUCCGUCUCGUGCUUCUUUCAUUGCCCUGGGACGGUGUGAGACAUCGGUCGCUGCUCACCUUUCGGCAAGACCUCACACGCCUCCCUUGUCCGGAGCACUGACUUUCUGCCCCAGACUGCGACUAAAUAUCCUUGAAACUACGACUUACGGGCCCUCGGGCCUGGGUCUUCGAUAAAUUCUUUGGCUGCCGACCAAAUAGCACUAACGCGACCGUUCUGAAUUAGCCGGCCGUCCGCUAAAAACAACAGCCGUCUACGCGCAUCGCAAGCCUUCUUGUCUAUAAUCACAGGCAUAUAUCGACGAACAAACCGCUUCAAUUUUCUCUCGGCCUUCCGGGAGAGUACUAUCAAGGCUCUCUCAAUUCGUGACCGUUGAUUACCGCUCAGAUAUCCCCCUGUGUUCUAUCAAUCCCAGGCAACCUUCUCCAUGACUGCUGUGGCAUCUCCGCCUAGUGUGCAAUCGGGGUCUCGCUUGGGAUGGUAUAGCACUGGCAACGGAGGACAGGGAGCCCUCUCAUCAGUGAAUGCGGAAGAAGUAUCACGGAUGUUCAUGCCUCGGAAACACGUUCAGCGUUCCAACUCUUCGUCUUCGUUAAACUCAAACUCGUCGACCACUACGGUGAUAGAGACGAACGGUUCGCGAGAUACACAUACUGGACAGAGCUCUAACUCUGAUACGAGUACCUGGUCUUCGAAGAAGAAGCCUAGUAGGAACCCUUGGCCAAAUUCAAAGGCCGAACCUGUCGCGGGAGUCACGAAUACACGCUCCCAGGCUGUUCCUGCUUUCUCAUCUGGACCUACGGCCUCGUCGACUAUGUCCGCCAUGCAUCAGCCCUCCAAUAUUGUUCCCUCACAGCACAUGCUGCAAUCUUCUCAACAAAUUGGCGUCAGACAAACGAACGGGCAGUCUGGCGAACCACCUGCAAUUUUAGCCCUCACUCCUAUGAACGGUACUUUUGAAAAGAAACAAAUCAAUGUGCCAUUAUACCCGGAAGUGCUGCGAAUCGGUCGCCAAACCAAUGCGAAGACAGUACCCACUCCAGUCAAUGGGUUCUUUGAUUCCAAGGUUCUCUCUCGCCAACAUGCUGAGAUCUGGGCCGAUAAGGCUGGCAAAAUUUGGAUUCGUGAUGUCAAGUCCUCAAACGGCACGUUCGUGAACGGUCACCGUCUUUCGCUUGAAAACCGCGAGUCUGAGCCCCACGAGCUGCGGGAGAAUGAUACCUUGGAGCUGGGAAUUGAUAUCGUCAGUGAAGAUCAGAACACUAUUGUCCACCAUAAGGUUUCCGCAAAAGUCGAGCAUGCGGGUCUUUAUGGAACAACCCCUAACAUCCUGGAUCUUAACUUCGGAGACUUGGAUCCUGCCUCAGGUGGGGGCCUGCUGCCUUCGCCUCUUAGCCAACCACUCUCUCACCUACGGGGACGCUCUGGUAGUAAUGCGAGUAAUCGCAGUGUUCAAAGCACCGCUACAAGCCACAUCAAUGCCAUGCACCAGCAGCGUCAGAUGAAUUACUGGAAUUCUCCCAUCUCUGUUGAGCAGGUCGUCAAGAGACUCACUAACGAGCUGAAACAAGCCAAGCAACAGUCUCAAGACCUUCGCCAGACUGACGAAUUCUUGACUGCGAUCAUGAAACCUGGCUAUGCAGAGAAGGAAAAGGCCAACAAGCCUUCUCCUCUCGAGAGCAGUGGCCCUCGCCAGUUGAAUGGUCGCCCGAAAAUGCCGCGAGUCGACUCAUUCUCCCGGUUCUCUGAACCCCCCGCUCCCCCUCCCCAGCAACCUCUUCCCGAGAAGCCAGACGCGCCACCACGAGGUGGAUCGGAUGUCUUCUCGCCCUUGAAGCGCAGCGAUACCGAAAAGCCGCAAUCGUCGUCAACGAGCUCUCCUGUGUCUCGAGACUCCAGCCAGAUUCUUGCCCUCCUUGAGAGUCUGUCCACUACCAAGCGGGAACUUGAGACACAAGGAACUCGGAUCAAGGAACUUGAAGACCUUCUUCGCCAGGAGAAGGCCGCUCGUGAGUCUGCAGAGGAGAAGGUCAAAAAGUUGGAAAUGAACUCUCUGUCAGAGAAGAUGGACACCAUGAAUGAUCCAGCCGACCUUGACCUUGAUGCGGCUCUGGAUCACGAACAGCCUGUCGACCAAGAACAUGGUGCACCUCCAGCAAGUGCCCAGACUAACGGAACCAUUCCGUCAUCGGAGGCUCCCGUGGCCUCUGAUCUCGAGAAGGCAGAGCUAUCUACUGAGGCACAACUCCAGCGUCGUCUCGAAUCAGUGAUGCAGCAAAUGGAUGAGAUGAGCAAGCAGAUGGCAUCUUUCAAGGAGCGCGCAGAAAAGGCCGAUAAUGACAACGUUGAACUACGCCAGUCAUUGGCGGAGAUGAUCGAGACCAUUCGCAAGGAGCGUGCCGCGAAGGCUUCGACUGAAAUCAGUGACAGCAAAUCCCACGCCCAGACCCAUGAUUCAAGCAAGAUCAUCUCUGGUCAUGCAGGCUCCGACGAGAAUGGUGCAGUGGAGCCCGAGGCGAGCGGCUCUGCUGUAGAAUGCUUUGAAUCAGUCUCCAAGAAUCCAGAGAUGGGUGUGGCAAGCACGGCGAUUGCACACUGGCAACGACGCCACUACCUGGAAGAGGCCAGCCCUUAUGCAUCCAUGCUUGGAGUGGUUCUUCUGGGAGUUGGUUUGAUGGCCUAUCUCAAUGGCUGGCAGAAGAUGGACAAGUGAAUGUGUCCUGGUUACAUGUUCGCGCUCCUCUUCUUGUACCCCUUGCCUCACGACUCUUCUUCUUUCCAAAAGUUGGCGCCUUGGACAAGGUGGUUCAGCAUGAUAUGUCCUCCAUUUCUGAUGAUUCUCCUUUCCGUCAUUGACGCUUUGAUUCCUUGUACUCCGGGCCUCACUCGCCAUUCGAGGCGCCCCAGCCACGUGACCCGUCCGUGUGUCCUGGCGUUGGGUUCAAACCCUCUCUUUUCACUGCAUACCUUGCAUACUCUGACUUUCUCUCUUGUCUUUUGCCUUAUUCAUGUCCUCAUCCCUAAUUCGCACCAGUCAUGAUCUUGGCGCCGAAUGUCCUGAUCCUUACAUCCCCGGCUAUCUCUCAUCGUUUUCUGUUUUCCGACGUCCCCUGUCACCAUAUUCAAUGUCCCAUCAGCUAGCCUACACAGUCCCUUGCCUCUCUCUACCUUUUUUCUUGUCAUUACUAGCCUUUGUGCUCUCAACAUUGGCAUAUAUCUCUUUCCCUGUACAUGAUGGAAAUUAGCAAGGCUGCGUUCAUGGCUCGAGGUCUUUCGUUGAUAGCCCUUUGACUAGGGUUCUUUCUUUGCACAACUCCUGUUUUCAUGUCAUACCAGCGCGUUCUUUCUGGAUGUAUUCAAGGGAUUUGUUUUUCGAUGUUUGCUUUUUUAUUAACGGUUUAAUGAUCCAUGUGGUCGGUGAGAUUGCCGAUCACUUUUGAAGU